CUGGAGAAUGAGGAUCAGAAGUGGCUGAGACUUUUAGGGCCAAAGACCUUGUCAUUACAUCAGCCACUGUCUUGAAGGAAAAGCCAGACCCCGACUCUCUGGUGUUUGGAGCUACGUUCACCGACCACAUGCUGACGGUAGAGUGGUCCUUGGCAUCUGGAUCGGAGAAACCUCACAUUAAGCCUUUUGAAAACUUGUCUAUACAUCCUGAUGCCUCAGUUUUACACUAUGGCGUGGAACUGUAUGAAGGCUUGAAGGCCUUUCGAGGAGUCCAUAACAAGAUCCGGUUGUUUCGGCCUGAACUCAACAUGAAGAGAAUGUGCCGAUCUGCUCUGCGGGCCGCUUUGCUGGUGUUUGACCAGGAGGAGCUUCUGGAAUGCAUUCGGCAGCUUAUACAGAUAGACCAAGAGUGAGUCCCCUAUUCCACCUCUGCCAGUCUCUACAUCCGCCCCACGUUUAUCGAGACUGAGCAAUCUCUUGGAGUCAAGAAGAAGCCAUCCAGAGCCUUGCUCUUUGUGAUCCUGAGCCCUGUGGGACCUUAUUUUUCUAGCGGAACCUUUAAUCCUGUGUCAAUGUGGGCCAAUCCAAAGUAUGUCAGAGCCUGGCAAGGUGGAACUGGGGAGUGCAAGGUCGGCGGCAAUUAUGGUGCGUCCCUUUUGGCACAGUGCGAGGCAGCAGAGAAUGACUGUCAGCAGGUCCUCUGGCUGUAUGGCAAGGAUGACCAGAUAACUGAAGUGAGCACGAUGAAUCUGUUCUUCUACUGGAUAAAUGAAGAUGGAGAGGAAGAGCUGGCGACACCUCCACUAGAUGGCAUCAUUCUCCCAGGUGUGACCAGGCAGAGCAUCAUAGUUCUGGCACAACAGUGGGGUGAAUUUAAGGUGUGUGAGAGAUACCUCACCAUGGAUGACCAGACCCCUGCCCUGGAGGGGAAGAGAGUGAAGAAGAUGUUUGGCUCAGGGACGGCCUGCGUCGUCUGCCCGGUUUCAGACAUUCUCUACAAGGGCCAGAUGCGGCACAUUCCAACAACGGAGAAUGGUCCCAAGCUUGCAAGCCGCAUCUUGGGAAAGUUGACUGAUAUCCAGUACGGAAGGGUGGAGAGCAACUGGACAACAGUGUUAACCUGA